UUGUUCGUGCGCCUGUUGACCUUUGACCCCCACAGUCUGCCAGUGAGUCCUGUGAACACGCAGGAAAUGUUGAUAAGUAUGAGCUGUAAAAGUUUUAUUGUGCUGCUGUUUGGGCUAAACAGUAUGCUUUAUGUUACACACUGAUCCAGACUGAGAGAUGCUUAUUUUUCUGGUCGGCUGAGGGGAUAUUCAGAAUUUUUUUGUCCUUUGUUGUACAUGUGUGUGCCUUUUUUAUUGCUGUCCCAGGCUUGAGGCGGGGGCCGGACGUCAGUGCCAUGGGGCUCGGAUCCCGCUCCUUCUGCGCACUGUGCUUCCUGGUAACCGUGGCGACGGAGCGGCGCUGCGGCCCGGGGGAGACGGAGUGUCCAGGAGGGGUCUGUGUUCCCCAUGAGGCUGCGUGUGAAAUCCCAGAGCCGUACCGGAACGCCGAUGAUGGAUCGGGCUGCUCCGGGUCAGCAGGGUGUGACUUUGAGGCUGGGCUCUGUUCCAUGUCCCACGGGGCUGAUGCCCCCGCCACCUGGAACCAAAGCUCAGGGCUGAACGACGUAGGACCUGCCUAUGACCACAAGGGGCAGCGCACAGGUCAUUUCCUCUUCCUGUCCCGUCAGAGCGGGGUACGACCUCGUGCCGAUUUAAGAAGCGCAGUUUUUCUCCCGACUAGCGCCUGUCAGGUAACCUUCUACCACUACUUCGGGAGGGUGGACGGGGUUCUGCGGGUCCUCACCCAAAUUCCCGGGUCCAGCCCACCCCACCAAGUGUGGUUGAGAUCCGAAUCCCUGGUGGAACCCCGGACGGACCCUUCCAAGGUCCCUUGGCAACGCACGGUGCUCCUACUCAGCAGUGACAGCAGUUUCCAGGUGAUCCUGCAGGGGGAGCUCUAUGACUCCAGUCCGCUCACAGAGAUUGUGGCCAUCGAUGAUGUUUCAUUCAGUGAGGACUGCAUCUUGGCUAUGGCAGAUUCGGGCUCGCCCUGCCGUGAGGGCUUCCCUACCUGUGUUCCUCACUCCGCAAGCUGUGGAUUCACUCGUGGCCGCUCGCCAAGCCCGGAUGGCGACAGGGGUGGCUUCCAGGAGGGCUGCGGAUUCGAAUCAGGAUUGUGUGGGUGGCAGACGGAGGGACCCGCAUUAUGGAGGAGGGUGAGCGGCCAGGGUGCCGUCCGCAGUGCCAGCGCACCCACUGUGGACCACAGCCAAGGUUCCGCCCAUGGUCAUUAUCUCCGGAUCUCUGGUAAUCCUGUAGUCAUACCCAAAGUUGCCCUUCUUGCGAGCCCCCGCUACCGUGCUCCGGGGUCUGCCUGCACCCUCCAUUUUCACCAUGCCCUCUGGGACGGCGCUGAGCUGACAGUGUGGCUACAGACCAGUGAGGAAAACCAGACGGUCUUCCACAACAGACGGGGGACGGAUGACCUGUGGAUGGGGGUCAACGUCUCGCUGGGCGUGCACCAGGAUGAGUUUCAGGUCAUCUUCGAGGGCAGAGUCACCGCCGAAUCAGGCUCCGCGUCCCUGGACAGCGUCUGGCUCUCCGCCUGCGAGUCGGUGGGCAACGGAGAGGGCACUGGCUCCCCCCCACUCCUCCCUCCGCCCCCUUCUCCACCCCCACCCUUACCUCCUCCCUCAUCCCCACCCCCUACGGCCUGUCCACCCAGGUCCUUUCGGUGCCACUCCGGGGAUUGCAUCAGUGAUCGCUUUGUGUGUGACUUCACUGCCCACUGCCCGGGCGGAGAGGAUGAAGCCAAGUGCCCCUCGUCCUGUGACUUCGAGUACGACUCCUGCGGCUGGUUUGAGUUUGCCCAGGGAGACGGGUUCGACUGGGUCAGGAGCACAGCUGCAGCCGUCCCCCCACCGUUCCAGGGCCUGGCCCCCCCACGGGACCACACCACUAACUCCACAGAAGGAGGAUUCAUGUUCCUCCUGAAGAACAGCAGCUGCCUUUCCCAGAAGGCUUUGCUCAGGGGUCCCAAGUACAGCCAGGCAGCAUCUGGAUGCACAGUGACCUUCUGGCACUACAACGCAGGGCGCUCUGUGGGGGCAGCGGACAUGUACCUGCGCAUUGACGGCAUGGACAACAUCACAGUGGUGUGGAGGACUCUGUACGACCAGGGCAGGGAGUGGCACCCAGUCACAGUGCAGCUGGGCCGCCUCACACACCCAUUCCAGUUUUCCCUGGCCAAGGUCAGCCUGGCUGUUUACGAAGGCAUCUCCGCCCUGGACGACAUUGUCUUUCACAACUGCUCCCUGCCGCCUCCAGUGGUCCAUUGCCCUAGCAACCGCUUCCACUGUGCCCGCAGUCUGGCCUGCAUUGACCAUCUACUGCGGUGUGACCUCAUCGACGACUGUGGUGAUGGCUCUGAUGAGGAAGGCUGCUCUCCAGACCUGCAGUGCAGCUUUGAGAAUGGCCUGUGUAGUUGGACUCAGAUGGCCGAGGAGGACGUCUUUGACUGGACCCGCAUCCAGGGCCCCACGCCCACACCAAACACGGGCCCCUGGAAGGACCACACCCUUGGCCACGUCAAUGGGCACUACCUGUUCAUUGAGGCCUCCAGCCCGCAGGAGUUUAUGGACACAGCAGUGCUGGUGAGCCGCAUCUUCCAGGCGAGCUCCACCGGUGUCCGGCCCUGCAUUUUCCGCUUCAGCUACCACAUGUAUGGCCAGCACGUCUUCCGCCUGGCAGUGUACCUGCGCACGGUGGCCAGUGGGCGGGGCCAGCAGCUGUGGGCACGCUUUGGUGACCUAGGGAACCUUUGGCACCAGGAAGCACUCACAUUAAUCAGCACCCAGCCGUUCCAGAUCUUGGUGGAGGGCACAGUGGGGGAUGACUUCACAGGAGACAUCGCCAUCGAUGAUCUGUCCUUCCUAGACUGCAUCCCUCAUGAUGGGGAUCUCCCCAUGCCAGGAUCCACGACUCCCCCGGGAAUCACCAUCUCACCGACGGGCACAGGAGGCACUUGUGCGGACGGGCAGCUGGUGUGUGGCAGCACGGGGGAGUGCAUCAGCCUGGCCCAUCACUGCGACUUCCACCGGGACUGUGACGACGGCACGGAUGAGCAGGACUGUGUGGCGGAGACUUGCGAUUUCGAGCCGGGCGGCCGCUGCGGCUGGUACCAGGACGUGGCUGACGUCUCUCCACACAUCUUCCGCUGGAUCCAUGGACAGGGCCGGUCCAUCCACUAUGGCGAGGAGACCCACCGGCCCGCUAAAGACCACACCCAUGGUACCUCAGAUGGCUGGUACAUGUACGCUGACAGCUCCAAUGGCGGCUUCAGCCACACUGCCGACCUACUGACCCCCCCGAUCAUCGGCACGGGACCCCGCUGCACCCUGGUGUUCUGGUACCAUAUGAGCGGUUUUACUGUGGGUACCCUUCAGGUACUGGGGAAGUUUGGAAAUGUGACUCACGAGCUCUGGUCUGAGAGUGGCUCUCAGGGAUACCGAUGGAGGCGAGGUGAAGUCUUCCUGGGAAUCCAGAGAGACUUCCAGGUGGUCCUCCGGGCCAAGCGUGGCAUCAGCUACAUGGGUGACGUAGUAGUGGACGACGUGUCCUUCCAGGAUUGCGCCCCCCCGCGGGCCCCCGACAGGCCGUGUCGGAAAGACGAGUUUGCCUGCGCUAACGGCUACUGCAUCCCGGCAGACCACCUGUGCGACUUCAUCAGUGACUGCCAGGACACAUCCGACGAAGACCCCCACAUCUGCAGGGGCUUCAGCGGCCGCUGCAACUUCGAGUUCGACCUGUGCUCCUGGCGCCAGUGCCGGGAGGAUGACUUUGAUUGGCUGACCAAAGUGGGUGGCAGCCUUGUGGGAGGGACAGGCCCGCCCACGGACCACACCCUGAGGGACCCCUCCGGACAUUACAUCUACCUUAGGAGCUCCUUCCCGCAGGCAGAGAAAGACAUUGCCCGCAUACUCAGUCCCACAUUCAGCUCAAGGAGCCAACAAUGCAAGGUGAUCUUCUACCUCUACAUGUCUGGGGAGGGCGUGGGCUCCCUCUCCGUCCUGCUGGCCAGCAGUUUCCAUAGCUGGAUGCUGCUCAACCUGACCGGUGACCAGGGCAGCUACUGGCAGCGUUGUGAGGUGGACCUGGGCACCAUCACCACUUACUCAGACUUCAGGCUCGUGUUUGAGGGCACGGUCGGCCCGGGCUCAAACGGGGACAUCUGCCUAGAUGACAUCUCCUUCACCCAGGGGUGUCUGUUGACCUCUUCUGUGGACCAUCCCGGGGCCACGCCUCCCCCAACGUCAGGGUCGUGCCCUUGGGGUCACCUCCCCUGUGGGAAUGGGGGGUGCUACCAGCCAGAGCAGAGCUGUGACUUUGAGGACGACUGCGGCGACAGCACCGAUGAGGCUGCCUGUGGGACAUCCUGCUCCUUCGAAAACUCCCUCUGCGGGUGGAAGAACUCCCAUGCUGACAACUUCGACUGGACCCGGGGGGCGGGCUCCGUGCAGAGCCUCCGGCCAACUGUGGAUCACACGCUGGGGAGCGAGCACGGACACUUUGUCUACUUGGAGGCCUCCCCAGUGGGCCUGAAAGGAGACAAAGCCCACAUGAGGAGCUCCGUAUGGAAGGAGUCCAGCGCCACCUGCAGGCUAAUUUUCUGGUACUACCUGUCCCCCAAGGCCACCGGGGUCAUCCGGCUUCUCGUCAGGAUGGACAACAUGUUGACGGAGGUGUGGAACAUGACAGGGAACCAGGGUGAGCGCUGGAACCGGGCUGAGGUCCCCCUGAGUAAGAUGAGGAACUUUGAGCUGAUCUUUGAAGGGAUUCGGGCGAUUGACGUCAGUGGUGGUGCCGCCUUGGAUGACCUGGAGUUCUCUGACUGUGCCCCAAGCCCGGCUCUUCCGGCAUCCUGCCCCGCGGCCACAGACUUCAUCUGCCAGAACGGUGACUGCAUCGAGUCCCACCUGGCAUGUGACCUCAAAGCCGACUGCGCAGACGAGUCAGAUGAGCAGGACUGCAGUCACAUCCUGAGCCUCCCUGGGGCCUGUAACUUCAACCUGCCUGACGCCCAGUCCUGGGAGGAUGAGUGUCACCUGAUCCAGAGCCCUGAUGAUGAAUUUGAUUGGAAGCUGGGUCACACCAGGGAGACCAUGGGAACGGGGCCUGCAGGAGACCACAGCCCAGACGGACAGGGGCGCUUCCUUUACAUUUCCUCUGCCGUGCAGAGGGAGGGCGAUGUUGCCACGGUGAUGACAAAAGCCCCCUUCCCAGCCAGCACUGGCGUGUGCCACCUCCGCUUCUGGUACUACAUGUACGGAUCGCGGCAGAUGGGUGCCUUCAAGGUGUACGCCUUCGGCGAGAGCGGCACCGACCUGCUGAUGUGGGCGGCAGCUGGUAACCAGGGCGACAGGUGGAAAUAUGCCAGUGUGAUGCUGUCUAGCCCCACCCCCUUCCGUGUGGCCUUCCGGGCUGAGGUCGGGGGUGACAUGUGGACGGACAUCGCCCUGGAUGACAUCUCCUUCACGGCACCAUGUUAUGAGGGAGCACCCAUGACAGCAGAGCCCAGCGCCUGCGGUUCACACCUCUUCCAGUGCCAGAGCGUCUUCCAGUGCAUUCCGCGGAGCUGGCUGUGCGACGGCGAGCAGGACUGUGCUGACCGCUCCGACGAGGAGGGCUGCCCCCCACGCGUGCCCGGCACUGUGCCCCCUCAGGAGCUGUGUGGCCCGGGGCAGUUCCAGUGUGCCGACGGGGGGUGUAUCCCCAGCCUGCUGCGCUGCGACUGGGUCCCAGACUGCCGCCACGGGGAGGACGAGUUCAGCUGCCCCCUCCGCAGGUGCCCUGCCGACAGCCUGCUCUGCGAGGACACAGCAGACUGCCUCCCCCCUUGGCGACUCUGUGACGGCACCCCUGACUGCCCGGCCUUUCAGCCCGAUGAGUCCAGCUGCCACAUCUGCCCCCUGGAAUACUGCAUGAAUGGAGGCACCUGCCAUCUGGAGCUCACUGGACCGACAUGCAGAUGCUCCCCCAAAUGGACGGGCAGACGGUGCCACUUGAGGGAAAAACACCCCCUGCCGACCUCUCCCUCAGUUCCCGUGGUUACUGGGCCAGAUGCCAUGCGUGGAGUCCUGGGGGCGGGGUUAAUGCUCCUGGUGGGCGGAGUCACUGCCAUUAUUCUGGUCCUCCUGCAGAUAAAGUACCAAUGCUUCACGGGCAGGGGACCGAGCGAAAUGCAAAGCAGGCUUGUGGAGAAGACGACCGCUGACCUUUCUGACCACAAGCUCCCCACCACUGACAGGAUUCUCGUCAGCGUCUACCCCUGGCUGAGCGACGCUGAGGUCUCGCACUCCCUCUCCUUCCCCAACCCGCUCUACCAGAGACCAGGCAGUGGAGGGAAGCUGUGUGACUGCAGCUCCGAGGCUUAGCGUCACAGGGAAGGGGGCGGGGCCAAUGGAGAAACACCAUACUGAGCGUGUGCAGUAUGCCAUCCCACUGCUUGCUAAGUGUACGGGGGGAGGGGGUGCUCUUUCCUACCUGCCAGCCAAGGAUCAUCUUCAGAUAAUUACCAAGUAAUGGAACUGGGGGGUAAAAAAGUUGCUAAUUUUACCAAUCUGCAAUGUGCCCUUGUUUACACAAUUCCUGUUUCCUGCUGUUGGGCUUUGUGACAUUGUCCCCUGUUGCUUUUCCUUGCUUUGGUAUAAUAAUCACUUAUCGUGUCAUCCCUCGGUGAUGAAGGUUCCAGAAAAUGGCCAGGCUCUCAGAUAGCUCUUGGUGGUGAUUCAAGCGGUUCUGGGCAUUUGGAUCUCUUUGGAAUGCAGGUUGCCCCCCGAGGCUGGGACCGCGGAUCUCUCUGGGUCUGACACCUGCCUGGUGGUCCUGUUUUAUAUCCCUGCUCCCUGCCUGUCCUCCCAUGAUCAGCUGUACCGAAAGCACCAGACCACCUGGUCGUGCUGCGAUUCAAGCAAAUCGGUCGGACCCCUGAGGAAAAUCCUUGAGCUGAACCACUCCAUCAAAAAGCCAUCAAACUCCGACGAAAAAAAAAAGUUUAUUAAUUUGCUUUCAAUAAAAUA